AUGGGUGCUUCGUGCUCUCCGCCGAUUGAACAACUACUGUCUACAAAAUCGGCGUGGAGAUCCCGAUUGAGAACCUUCUCUGAUAGCAGCAGCGAUGAAUCUGAAUCUGAGAGUGAAGAUGAGAAAGAAACCCCUAAGAAGAAGAGUACUGAUGUUAAGAUGGUUGAUGCUGAGCUAAAACACCUAAGACAACUUCUACAGGAGGAUGCAAGACUCUCUUCAUUGAUAAUCUCUCAUUCCAUGUUGAGCAAAAAGAUGUGUAAGAAGAAAACAGAGCAUGGGAGUUGA